AUGGGCUACGCCUUGUGCUUUCCUCUCGCAGUCCUUCUUUCAAUCUUCUUUCUUCUCUUUCUGGACGUACUCCUUUCCAUCUUCUUCUCCAUCUUGCCUUCUUCUCUGCAUGCAUCGCACAAAGAUCAUCACCAAGUUUGUGACUACUCGCACGGGCAGUGGGUCUGGGACGAGGGGUAUGGCUCCAAGUUUUAUGGCGAAGAUUGCCCGUUCUUGGACCCUGGAUUCCGAUGCCGGGCCAAUGGCCGGAAAGACGCUGCCUACCUCAAUUGGCGGUGGCAACCUUAUGGGUGCGACCUCCCUACAUUGGAUGCUACUGAUAUGCUGGAGAGAAGCAGGAACCGAAAGAUUGUAUUCGCCGGGGAUUCAAUUGGGAGAAACCAAUGGGAGUCAUUGGUGUGUAUGCUGGCUAAAGCUGCAGGGAACCGAUCCAGGAUCUUCGAGAAGUACGGGAGCCCCAUAACCAAACACUGGGGCUUCCUUUCUUUGGUUUUCCAAGACUACAACCUUACGGUGGAGUACUACCGCACCCCCUACCUCGCGGUCGUAGGUCGCCCUCCUGCAGAAUCCCCAAGCCAAGUCAAGAGGACCAUUCGGCUCGACGUCUUGGCCUGGCAGUCCAAACGAUGGGCCGAUGCUGAUGUGCUCAUCCUCAAUGCCGGUCACUGGUGGAACGAAGACAAAAUCGCCAAAUCAGGAAGCUAUUUUCAGGUUGGUCAAGCAAUAAACAUGACCAUGGAUGUGAAGGAGGCAUUUGGGAGGACCCUACAGACAGUGAAGGAGUGGACCCUUAGGAACCUAAAGCAAGAAAACAGCUAUUUCUUCUUCCGAAGUUAUGCUCCAUCUCACUACAGCAAUGGAGCAUGGGACAAUGGAGGCUCGUGUCACGCCGAUACAGCACCAGGAAUCGAGGCUAGUGCACUCGAACCCGAGCCAUGGAACAAUGAAAUCAUCUCAGAUAUGAUCGAAGAGAUGAAGGGUGAUGGAAGGCAGGUGCAGCUUCUCAACAUCACGUACUCAACAGGAUUCAGGAAAGAUGGUCAUCCUUCGAGCCAUCGGGAGCCGGGCACGCCGGGUGAUGCUCCUCAAGAUUGCAGCCACUGGUGCCUCCCGGGGGUGCCUGAUAUGUGGAACGAGCUCCUCUAUGCUCAUCUCCUCUCCAUGGGCUACGACACCAAGAGGAAAUCUGAUAUUAGGAAACAAUGACUUAAGGGCCACAGAGACUGAUGUGAAUUAAUAUUGUAGCCUGUAGAGUAGUCAGGACGGCCAAGUAUUCUACAACAAAACUUGGCUGAUAUCCUGGGCCUAAUUCGGCCUAAUAGCUUCCUUGGAAGGAGGAAAUAGAGUGCAAACACAGUGCUUCUAUCUCUGUUGGAAAAAGUUGGCUUUAGACUCUGGUUGAGCAGUUCGGUGUCUGCCUGCAAACAAAAUUAGAUAGAGUAACUCAUUUCUGGCUAGGUGCUUUUUUUUUCUGAAAAACUUUGAUCUUCAUGUCA